AUGCCAGGUGUCGCAUACCAUGCCCUGAUCCGAACCCACCAUAUCACAUCCAGGAAGAAGGUCGCCAGGCUCAAAGCAGCCGCCAAACAAUUUCAAUGCUACGCUCUACUUCGAUCAGGGGGAAUCCCUGGUGUCAUGUAUGUCCGAGGCUACGAUCGAUCCAACGUCCAGAAAUGGGUUGACACGGUCCGUGACCUGAGAUACAAAGACUACCACCUGGCUGCGCCAGUUCAUGCUAUCUCAUCCGAGCUUCAACCCGAUGACCCUCAACAGGACGACGAAAGACUGGGAAGCCUGGAAGAAGUCACCACGGUCAAAGAAAUGGCCACGUGUAUGGAGGCGAGAGGACUCCAGAGAUGGUGGCGGGUCGCCAUGGGAUUCAUGAAGGCAUAG